UGAUCAUGAUCACUAUGUAAAGGAGGCGAUGAGGAUGGGCUUGAUGUGGUCCAAGUGAAGCUGAAGAAGCUAAUAACAGAGAGAAGGAGUGAGGUAUGGGCACGGAGUCCCAAGUGUUGGGUGUGUUGCUGGUAAUAAUAAUAUGCCUAGUCCCUUGUUCCUCGUCCCAGUCGCAACUGCAUCGUAAGACACUGAAAUCAACAUCAACCUCUUACGCUGUCAUCUUUGAUGCCGGAAGUACCGGCAGCCGUCUCCAUGUCUUCCACUUCAACCGGACCUUAGACCUCAUUCCCAUUGGCCAAGAUCUUGAGUUUCUCGACAAGGUUAAACCGGGUUUGAGUGCAUAUGCCAAGAAUCCAGAAAAAGCCGCUGAAUCUCUGAUUCCCCUUUUAGGGGAAGCUGAAGGCGUUGUUCCCAAAAGGGUGCGCCACAAGACUCCCCUCAGACUUGGGGCAACCGCAGGGUUGAGACUUUUGGAAGGAAAUGCUUCUGAACUGAUCCUGCAAGCGGUGAGGGAUAUGUUCAAGGAAAGAAGCACUUUAAAACUCGAGGCAGUUGCUGUUAUUGAUGGAACCCAAGAAGGCUCUUAUCUAUGGGUGGCAAUAAACUAUCUAUUGAGCAACUUAGCAAAAGAAUAUUGGGAGAGGGGGGUGGUGGAUCUGGGAGGUGGAUCGGUUCAAAUGGCGUACACCGUCUCAGAGGAAACUGCUGCAAAGGCUCCCAACGCUCCAGAAGCAGAGGACCCAUACAUAACAAAGAUGUAUCUCAAGGGAACCAAGUACUUCGUCUACGUUCACAGUUACUUGCACUAUGGUAAAGAAGCGUCUCGUGCAAAGAUCUUGAAUAUUACCCGUGAUUCUGACAACCCUUGUAUUUUAGCUGGCUUUAAUGGGUCUUAUGUAUACGGAGAUGUGGAAUACAAGGCGUCCGCCAUGCCCAGCGGGUCGAGCUUCAGUGAAUGCAGAGACACGGUUCUGAAGGCCCUCAAUGUGAACGCCACAUGUCCCCAGAAGAACUGCACGUUUGGUGGCAUCUGGAACGGUGGAGGUGGACCCGGCCAGCAAAAUCUCUACCUUGCCACUUCUUUCUAUUACUUAGCUACUGAGGCUGGGAUUGCUGAUAUAAAGAAGCCCAGCGGCAAGGUUCGAAUCGUGGAUUUCAAGAUCGCAGCAGAGCUCGCUUGCAAGACAACACUAGAGGAAGCCAAUUCCUUCUUCCCAUUGAUCCAGGAAAAUGUGCUUCAAUACGUGUGUAUGGAUCUUGUAUACCAGUAUACCUUGCUGGUUGAUGGGUUCGGGCUAGAUCCAUGGCAAGAAGUGACAGUGGUGAAGAAACUCGAGUAGGAUUAUCUUGUUGAAGCGACUUGGCUCGGCACUGCCAUUGAAGCCGUCUCAUCCUUACCCAAAUUUGAACGCCUCUUGUACUUUGUUUAAUUCACCAUUUCUCACCCACCAGCAGCUGAUAAUAAGGUGUUUCCAUCUAUAUUGGCCGUAUGAGGUAGAAUAAGAGGCAUUAAAGGCACGGCCUUUAAUUUGUUAACAAAAAUAUGUAUGCAAGGAAACAUUUCUUAUCUUGAAACAUUGAAUGCUCUUUUUGUCUUGAAAAAAAAAAAUAGAUGUAAUAUAACUUUUAA